ACCUCCUGCUCAUCUUCUUAUGAAAGCAUACCAACUUCUGAAAAUCUUUUUGACCAGUUCAAAAAGAUGAUGAAAGACUUUGAGGAGAUAAAUCUCAAACAUUCUUCCUUAACAGAGGAGAACAAACUAUUGAGUGAAGAGAAUCUCAAGUUGACUGAAGGUCGGAAAAGUCAACUGAAUGAGAUCACUCAACUCAAGACUGAAAAUGAAUCUCUCUCUGAAAAGGUGAAAUCCCUUAACAAAGAACUAGGGACUCUUAAGUCCAAAGAAGCAGUGGAUAAGCUUCUUGAAACGACCAAACAUAAGGGUCGUGAAGGACUUGGGUUUGACCCCUCCAAUUCUAAAAGGAAAGGGAAAACAACCUUCAUCCUUCCUAAACCUACUGCUAAACCAAAUAAGCAGAAAGGGAAGGAAAAAGAAAAACCAACAGAAGUUCCCAAAAAGGAAAAGGAACCUGCUGAGGAAACAUCUGCUCGUAACCAGAGCCCUCACCAAUUUGAAGAAGAAAUUCCUCAAGUCCAAAGCCUUCCAACCUCAUCUCAGCAUCAAACAGAUGAUGCAGAUAACCAAUUCUGGCAGCUAUACUAUGAUUGGAAAGCCUGGAAAGUUGGAAAUUUAGCAGAGCAACUGUUGAAUUGGGACCAACAUCUGAAGAAUGAGAAAAUCAUCAAGAAGUGCUUAGGAAUACCAGUCAACCACAACUGUGAACAGAUUUUGGAUGAAUGCUGGGUAUGGCAAAGGAACCUUGAAGACUUGCAUCUCGAAUACCUGGCCAAUACGCCAGUUUCAGACUGUGAAGCAGAUGAUGAAGACACUGCAGUCUUCAAGCCAGUCUUCUCAAAAGUUACAGAAGAUCAAGUGGCUCUCACUUCUGAAGCAACAGCUGAGGAUUUCCAAACAUUUCCGGAAACCUCACCUGCAUUUCAGGAAACUUCACAUGCUUCUGAAAUGGUUUUGACUGAAGUUGUUCAAGAGAAGGCAACCCCUCCCUCCCAAGAACAGAACCAGGAAACAGCAGAUGAAGAAGAAUUUCAGCCGCUAAUCCAAUCUCAAGUUUUGGAGAUUCUCACCACUCCUUGUGAGAUCUCCAAUCCUACUGAAAUUGAGAUCCCGGAAAAGUCAGCUGAAAUUCUGGAACAGUCAGCUCUUCCAGAAACAAUGGAGCAAGCUGUUGAAGCACAAACGAAAUUCUGGAGAAGCUGCAAAAGAAACUCAAAUGGCAGAACUAGAGAAGGAGAAUCUGAAAGAACACUGAAGGUUACUGAUGAAGAAGAUGUCCAAGAAGAUGCUGAAUCUCUUCCUAUGAAACUCUUCCAAAGAACACCAUCAUCUCAUCAGGUAACCAACUUUCAUUUCCAUAGCUCUUCCACCCCUGCUCUUCCGGAUGAGAUACCGGAAAUCUGGACAAAUAAGGUCCAAGGGCUGAUUGAAUCAGCCCUAGCAUCUCAACAUGCCUCCUUUAGGCAAGAGAUAGAACAAAUGGAAGUCAGGCACACCCAGUUAAUAGAGAAAUCUGAAGGAAAACACAGCGCAGACCUCAAAGAAAUAAGCAAAUCAGUGCAGAAGACUCUGGAGAUUAUCUCUCUAUUGAGUGAAACUGUAGUAACCAAAGAUUACUUGAAGGUGAUCAUUGACAAUCAAAAGGAAGCAUACAAGCUGUUCAGACUUAUUGGUGCAAACUCUAGAAACCGCAAGAUGGAAGUAAUUCUCCAACAACACAGUCCAUCUCCAAUACCACAGCUCCCUAUUGCAAUCAAAGAAGGAGAAGUAUCUUAUAUUCCUUCUCAUCUGAACUUGACAAAUCUAAUCCUUGAAGCACAGCAAAGAAAUCCGGAAAACUCAGCACAACUUCUAUCCAGCUCAGGACUGGAUGGAACAGAAGUUAUAGGUACAGUUGUUGACCACUUCUCAAAUGAUGCUCAAUCAGAAGAAAGACGUGAAAAUUUAAGACGCAUCAAAGAACUGUGUGGGAACAUGAAGGGCAUCAGUGAAGUUGCCGGAUCUUCAAAGCGCAAGAGAAACUGAAGGUUCUUUACAUCAAAACAGGGGGAAAGGAAAACGAACGGAAGCCAUCACAAUGAGCCUUGCCAGUUUUCGCACCCAACAAGUGUUUUAAUGCAUAAAAUAAUUUUCUAAUAAAAAUAGCAUUUUAUUUCUAAUCUUGGCAAAAUUUUUAACUUUUUAUGAUCAUUAAAAUCUUGCCUCUCAUCAUAUGCUUCACAUUAAGUGUGAGGAAGAUUGACAUACUUUGAUUUUUCUACUCGCAUCCUGCAUUUGGACCUCGAGGACGAGGUCUAGCUUAAGUGUGAGGAGGUGGAAUAUCAGUUAUGAUUAUAUUCUAGGAAAUUAUUUUCUUGAUCAAUAAUCAGUUAAUGAAUUUAGUUAUCAAUU